AUGGCUAGCAAUAUACCAAUUUUUGUUCUUGAUAUACCAUAUAUACCAUAUAAACCACCUUGCCUUCAAGUCGAAUAUUUCUUAAAAAAAAAAAGAGAUGGCAAUAUACAAGAAAAAGCACCAAACCCAUUCAUGGUAUUUCGAGCGUGUAUUGUGGCAGAAUUAAAGGAGCUAAAUAUUAAAACAUCCGGUGCUACUGAAGUUUCUAGCUUAGCAAGCUAUCACUGGAAAAUGCUACCUGAAGAUCAAAAAGAACCCUACAAAGAAAUUACGUCCGAAUUAAAAAAGAUUCAGCAAGAACUUCACCAAGCUGAGUCCUACAUAAAUCCUAGUCAUCACGAUAACUUACACGGAGAGUGGUAUCAAAACACUUCUAAUCAUCAAGAUCUUCAUCAAAAUAACUUACACGGGGAGUGGGAUCAUAACACUUUUAAUAAUCAAGAAUUUCAGCAAGACGGGGGAAUGGUAUCAAAUCAGUUCUAA